CACACUGCUAUACAAACAGGCUCUUAGGCUAGAUGGACUGUUCUGUUUAUACAAAUCGGUUUCUCGUUGUUCGUAUAUUUUUUUGUCAUUUGGUGGAAGGAUUCUUUUUUUAUAAUUCUUUGUCCCGAAGUACAUUCUAUCCUUUCCAUUGAUCAGGAACACACUUGUUGCAGGCUAGGGUUGUACUGGACAACAAUCAUGCCUGUGUUCUACUCUCCAAUACCCAUGAAUCUCCGUAUGGGCCUGGCUUCCCUCGGAGGGUCAGUGUUCUCCAACAACAAGACGGGGGAUUUUAAUACUGAUCACAACAAAGAGCAGGAUGACAAGACAGUCAAUGAGUUGGUGUCCCACCUUCCUCUACAGAUGCUCCUGUACUUCAAUGUGAUCUAUUUCCCGUGCUGGUGGGCGUCGGCUGUUAUUAUGUUGGAUUUAAAGUUUUAUUCCCUGCCUGUGUACUACCAAGCCCUACUUGUGACUGGCAUCGUUCUUCUUAGUGUGUGUGAAAUCACCCGGCUCUACCUGGGAUAUAUUGGAAACCUCAAAGAAAAGGUGCCAGAAUUGGCUGGGUUCUGGCUGGUCUCCUUCCUCUUCCAGUUUCCCAUUCUGCUCUUCUUUCUGACUGAUGAGGACAUCAUCAUCUUGCCUCUGGAAAGGGCUGUCUACUCCAUCUACCUCCUUUUCAUCAUCCUAGAGCUCCUGGCUGCCUUUUUCGCCCUCAGGGCUAUGACCAGGAAGUUAACCCUCCUGUUUCACCUCAGGCAAUUUGGGGAGGUGGAGAACCUUCAUCACCUCAACCAUCACCACUUCCACUCAGCAGGAUUGAGCCCGGCCUUUGGCAUGCCAUACUAUGGCAGGGCUGUUCUUCCUAUGCCGUCACACACAAAUAACGUUCACUGCCAUUGAAUGCUACCAGUGAUGUGUAAAAGAAAGCGGUGUGCUGGCACUGAUAGCACAGUUAAAUCCAAUCCCUAUGCAUUCAUUGCGUUUCUCUGCAAAAUCUUAUUUUCUAAAAAAGAAGAGAGGAAACAGGAGUGUUUUCUUGUCUUAACCCUCUCCUGACUGGGAAAGCAUGGGUAUGACUUGGAGAUAAAGGCGUGAAAAUGAGCUGUGACUGCGGACUAGAAUGUGAAUUUUUAAAUGCAACGUUGGAAUUACUUUGCAGAUAUAGGAGGAGGUGGCCAACCUUGUGCAAAAUGUAAUACUGGAUUAUGAACUGCUCCAAAAAUAACUUUUUUUGUAAAAUUGUAAUUUGUACUAUUUUAUAGUUAAUGUUUUAUAAUUGUCUUGUUCUGAAUCUUUCUGUUUUGUUAAUAUAAUGGUUGUGUUACUUACUGUAAACACAUGAGGGCAGUGAAGGAUCGUGAGAGGAAUAGUCACACUCAAAACGGGUGGAAAAGCCCCAAUUGCGAAAUAUAAUAGUGACAAUUGAUCAUGACGCUCCGAUCCUUGUGAUAGAUUUUUUUAGAUUAGAAGUGUAGCUCGACAGAAGCUUUCAUAGAUAAAUGGGAAAACAGAACAUUCAUAGCACAAAAUUACCAUAAAUACUACAUGAGAAAAUAUGAAUAUGAAUUCACUGAAUAUGAACUGAAUCCCAAACCUGUCAAGGCUUGUCAAUAUGUUUAUUUGAGAAAGAAGAAAAUACAAUACAGCAUAUUUAAAUUGCACUCAUACUAAAAACGAUUGAUGUCCAGCAUACAGGAGUCAUAAUGUUAAUCUUACAGAUCACUAUGAUACAGUCACUUAAUAAUAAUGAUACUGAAACAACCUCCUCUGGGCUUCUCAGGUCAAGAUAAAACCUCUGACUGAUAGAGCCUACUGAAAAAUCCAAUCCCUGCUGUAUAGUCCUGUGUAAUAGUAUUUCCCUCAUCAUCUCAUGUACAGAAUCCAUUCACCAGAUGACCCUGCCCUCCAAAGGCCUUUUCUGAAUCACAUAUAUUAUGUCGAACACCGUUUUGCUGUUAAAGAGGAGUACAGAAAACAGUUUUAAAAAAAAUAUAUAAAUGGAAAUAAAAUUCCCUCUGCAGGCCUGGGACCAUCUGAGGCAGUUAUUCUCAUGGCCACAUCUUUUUCUCUGGCUUCUCAUCAAGCUGCCUGCUUUUGACUGAAUGUGAUGAACAAUAGCCUUCGAGAGGCAAAAGACAUAACACUCCCUACCUCAACAAACAUUGUUUCCCUUGUGCCUCCUCCCUCUGUAACGAGCACCCAACUUUUGAGUUUGAGUCUGUAAAGCAUUUCUUUCUAUCUUUCGUCCAUAGCCGUUGUCCUUCUCAUCUCCGUUCAUCUCUCACUCUCUCUCUAUGUCUCUCUCAGUUCUGAAGCGACAGGCCCGGUUUUUUCCUCAAAUUAUAGUUGAGUGCAGUUUCAAGGUAACCAUGGAUGCGAUUCCUGGGACAUGUGGCGCCGAUGCUGCGAGAGCCGAUUGAGAUGUGAUGAGAAACAACAGCCUCCUGGAUCUGAGUGUUCGUGUGUGCGUGUGUGCACGCGCCCGUGCGUGUGGAGAACAGGGUGAUAUUCCCUCCUCCAGGAGUAAUCCCCUCGACACUGAGGGGCUCACAAGCUGUCAUGACAUCCAAACUGUGUGUGGGUGCCUCCUUAGAGACUUUAUUAUCUGUGACUGAGAUUAAAGCACCAUGAAAAGGUGCGCGUGUCACGGAAAAGGCAUAUGUGGAGGCGUAACCAUGGGUGGGCCUGGUGGGGCCACUGCCCAGGCAGAUCGAAUACCCAAUCAGGAAGCCUGGAAAAUAUAUUAUAAUAAAUCACAUGAAAAAUAAAUA